AUGAUUUCAAAGGAAGAAUCAACACCCUCAAAUUCUUCUUACGGAAUCAUUGGCCCAAAUUUUGCUCGUCUUCUCCUUUCUACUUCUCCUGUAAAGCCCGAAUUUAUUUCUAUGAAUACUGCGGUAACAACUGUUGCUAGAAUGUCAAGCAAUCGUGCUCAAUCUAAUAACGCUACUAUAAAUGUGGUAUCAAAGCCUGCAAAAAGAUUCGAUUGGGAUAUGGUUUUAUUAUUGAUAGAUUAUGCUAAUUCAUCAACUCUAGGUGACCAAAGAUUUGCUGAUGAAUUUAUUAAGAGACGAAAGGCAGACGCUAGCGGAUUUGCUGUUAAUAGAGGAACAACUCGUAGUUUAAGACUGGCCUUUAAAUGGUAUCGUGAAGCGGUCGAACAAGGAUAUAUCGCUUCACAGAUUAAAGUUGAUCUCCUGUUUGAAAAGGGGGAAGGAACGAAAAAAAAAAAAUCUCGAAAAGACCUUCUACUGAUAUCAACUAGCAUCAGGAAACAAAAAUUCACAGUCAGACCUCCAUAUAAUCACCUAAUCGGUUCCCGUGAUUUUAUAGAGGAGUGA